UUCAUCUUUUACCCUUCCCCUUUCCAUUGUCUUUGUAUCAUCUAUCCUUCUUUGCCUUUCCGCACUCUCCUUCCUUUGUGCAGGCUCUAGGUAUUUAUUGUAUGUGUCCCCUAGCCCCCCUCGGACCACCUAUACCUACCUACCUACCUACCGAUCCUUCUAUGACUCCUCCGAAAUAGCUGACCAAGCAACCCCUCAACAGUAUAUAGGCUUAUUGUUUUCUCACCGCACCUGUGGUCGCCACCGGACACUCCAUCCCUCUUGUCAUGGCCGAAGAUGACGCUGAGAAGGCCUUUUUCCAGGCCCAGGCAAUGAAUGCGGACUCGGUGGACUAUCAGGCGGGUGAAGAUCAGGGGGCAGAUAAUUCAGAUUCAGAUGAUUAUGAUCCUUCAAAGACAUUGCAUGACCAAUAUUCCGCUCCCUUGACAGAUUCCACCCCAAAUGGACAUGUUCCCUCCACUGCUAUCCCUCAAUCCAACCCCCAAGAUCAGACUUCCCUUGCCCCCGAAUCCGACCCCAGUCCGCCGGCUGGCAACGCCGUCCCUUCCCAGACACCUUCUCGAGCUGAGUCUCAGGCCUCCACCUCGGUACCUGCACCCGGGACCGCUGUACAACCGAAGACCAGAACGAUCGGGGGCUUUGUGGUUGAUGAUGAGGAUGAGGAUGACGCGGGUGAUGCAGAUUAUGAGCCCCCAGCUGUACUAGGUGUCGAGGACAUGAAUGCUAUACCUAUGAAUGUGCCUCAGCAACCAAUCUCAGGAAAUGCAAAUGAAGAUACUUCUACCCCCGAUGUAUCAUUGGAUGAAGCUGCGCAGGAUUCUGCCGGCGUGAAGAAUGCUCCUAAUAGUUCAUACCCUCCUGCUGUUGCUUCUAAAAAUGAUGCGUCUAUUCCUUCGGGCUCUUUGUACAACUCACGUACGUCACAGUCUGACAAUGCGCAAGGAAGCGCGACGGCGACUCCGGCGCCGGACUCUCCGUCCACUUCGAAGGGUCGCUUGCCUCACGAUAGAGUGGGCAUUUUGGAAGACCGGAUCCAAGAAGACCCUCGAGGUGAUAUCCCUGCUUGGAUCGAGUUGCUUAAUGAACACAGGAGUCGCAGUAGGAUCGACAGCGCUCGGGAUGUAUAUGAGCGUUUUCUACAGGUCUUCCCGUUUUCUGCCGAGCAAUGGGUUGCGUACGCGACUAUGGAAUCCGAGCUGAACGAGCUGUUCCGCCUCGAGCAGAUCUUCAACCGAACUCUUCUGACCAUUGCGGAUGUUCAGCUGUGGACUGUCUAUUUGGACUAUGUUCGCCGGCGCAAUCCCUUGACCACCGACACUGCCAGCCAAGCAAGGACCAUCAUCUCGUCCGCCUAUGAUCUGGCACUUCAUCAUGUGGGUGUGGAUAAAGACUCCGGCUCUAUCUGGGCGGACUACGUUCAAUUCAUUCGCUCUGGUCCGGGAAAUGUUGGCGGCUCCGGAUGGCAAGACCAGCAAAAGAUGGAUUUGCUGCGGAAGGCCUAUCAAAAGGCCAUUGCAGUCCCCACGCAGGCUAUCAACACCCUCUGGAAAGAAUACGACCAGUUUGAAAUGGGCCUAAACAAGCUUACGGGUCGAAAGUUUCUCCAAGAGCAAUCGCCGGCAUACAUGACCGCUCGCAGCUCCUAUACCGAACUCCAGAAUACCACGAGAGACCUAAAUCGCACCACGCUGCCUAGGCUGCCUCCGAUCCCUGGCUCUGAUGGCGACGUUGAGUUUGCGCAGCAGAUUGAAAUCUGGAAGCGAUGGAUCCAGUGGGAGAAGGGAGACCCUCUCGUUCUGAAAGAAGAUGACCCGGUCGCAUUCAAGACCCGUGUCGUCUAUGUGUACAAGCAAGCCCUUAUGGCUCUCAGAUUCCUACCAGAAAUGUGGUUCGAGGCCGCUGAGUUCUGUUUUCUGAAUGACCUGGAAACCGAAGGAAAUGAUUUCUUGAAGCACGGCAUCGACGCUAACCCGGAAAGCUGUCUGCUUGCAUUCAAGCGCGCUGACCGACUUGAGAUCACGUCGGACUCCGAACAAGACUCCAUCAAACGCGGUGCUCUGGUCAGAGAGCCCUACGACAAGCUUCUGGAUGCUCUCUACGAUCUCGUUGCCAAGGCACGCACCCGCGAAGCCCAGGAUGUUGCCCGUCUCGAAGAUGCGUUUGCCAAAAUGAAACCCGAAAAGCCGAACCGACGGCCCGAUGAAGACGAUGACGAUCAAAGUGAGUCGAAGGCCCGGGAAUCGGUUAAGAAAGCCCAGGUCGAGGCCCUUCGGAAUGCACACGCCAUCCAGAUUGGCAUUCUCUCCAGGACGAUCUCGUUUGCGUGGAUCGCGCUCAUCCGCGCGAUGCGCCGUGUCCAAGGCAAGGGCAAGCCCGGCGAGGUGCCCGGUUCGCGACAGGCGUUUGCGGACGCUCGUAAGCGAGGUCGGAUCACAAGCGAUGUCUACAUUGCCAGCGCGCUCAUCGAGUAUCACUGCUACAAGGAUCAGGCCGCCACGAGGAUUUUCGAACGAGGCGCAAAGCUUUUCCCGGAGGAUGAGAACUUUGCGCUCGAAUACAUGAAGCACUUGAUAGACAUCAAUGAUGUCAUUAACGCUCGUGCGGUGUUCGAGAUGACGGUCAGGAAGCUGGCAUCCAAUCCCGAAAAUGUUCACAAGACCAAGCCCAUCUUCGCAUUCCUCCAUGAAUACGAAUCUCGCUACGGGGAUCUGGUUCAAGUCAUCAACCUCGAGAGCCGUAUGCGCGAACUUUUCCCCGAAGAUCCCACCCUGGAUCAGUUUUCCCACCGAUAUUCCACCCCUACCUUCGACCCUACCGGCGUGCGGCCGAUCAUCUCGCCCUCUCAAACCCGGCCCAAGGCUGCGUUCCCGACGGAGCAGGUCAUGUCGCGUCACGGCACGCCCGUUGCGAAGUAUCCCGAUCCCUCCGUCACCAACUCCCCCAAACGAUCGUUGGAUGACUUUGACGAUGACAUGAACCGACCGCGCAAAUUCGUUCGCGCCGAAUCGCCGCUCAAGACGGCGCAACGGCGGCAGUUGGAUCAACAGAAACGCACCCAGCCGACCGUGAGCAGCCAAUCCGGAUCGCAAUUCCGGACGCAGGGUUCACCCGCCUCGUUGCCUCGAGAGAUCGUAUACCUCUUGAGCAUCAUCCCCCCGGCGUCGUCGUACACUGCCGGUCGAUUCUCACCCGAGAAACUGGUGGAUCUCAUUCGAAGGAUCGACAUGCCCAGCUCUAUUUCCCAGAUCCCUUUACCGCAGCCCGUCCGCGGACUUGGAACGGGACAGAACCCCAUGCAGCCUUUCUCCGGCAUGUACCGCUCAUAAUCGAUCUACGAAUAUAGACACGGCCUUCUUGCUCUUUGAUGACUCACAACUGAAUAUCCGGACCCCCUCGUGCCGUGGGACUGUCCCCCUACUUUUGUUUUUAAUGUCUUUCGAUAUCAUCUCACGGGUCCGGUGUGGCUCGGGACUGUAUAGUCUUUCUGGAAUGUUUCUUGCAUCUUAUGAAACGGCGUUCUCGUAUGGAUUUGACUUGAGCGCCACGAGGGAUUUUACGCCGCAGGAAGGGCUCCAAGUCAACCGUUCGAAUUUGAUAAUUCUUCGUUCCAUUAUAUGCCUGCCUCGAGAGCGCGGGAUUUUGUACAGUGGCCUUUUUUCACUUCUUGUUUUUUUGGAGGAUUGGGAUAGCCUGGACUGGAGCAGGAAUUGCG